AUGGAGGGACUAAAAGGUUUUGGCAUUGCUUCUCCUGAGGGUCCUAUAUCUCUUGAUGAAUUGAUUGAUGACAUAUAUCGCAGUUGUUACUUGGAAUUGAGGAAGCAAUUAGAAAAUCAUGUUGUUACAAUUGAUACAUUGCACGAUGAGAAUCGUCUGGCUGUUGAGUGUCAUGAAAACGAAAAGAAAGUAUUGAAAGAAUCAGUUGCAAGAGCUUACCUUGAUGAACUGAACUUUAAUGAAAGGCUCAAUGGUACAAAGCUGUCAUGUUCUGAAGCAAAUGAAAUAGCGAAUAGAGUCAACACAUCAUUUAACCUGGCUGUCCUUGUAACAAGGAGAAGAAUAAAUUUUACAGUUGAUAACAGUGAGCCGAGCCCGACGGGGCAGCGGAUUGGAUUCUCUGUUUCCUCCUGUAGUCUUGUAUCUGAGAAGUAUGGGAAGCUAGCUAGCUCAAUUUAA